AGCAAAGCAUCCCUAAGCUGAAUUCCCCCUCCCCCAAUCAUACAACUUAGUGUUUUCUUUUUGUUUGCAGCGGAGCCAUGGAAGUGACGCCAGGCAGAAAGCAGUUCUAUAGCAAUUAUAUGCUAUUGAACCCUAAGAAAGCCUCUUUCUUUGAUCUAACCGCCCUCUUAUUUUCUAAAAAUUUAAAGAAGAGAAAAUUUAUCGAAACCAGUAUCGAAACUGAGGACAGUUUCUGGUAUAGACUUGUUAUAUUCCUCUCUACUCUGUUACAGAAGUUUCUGCUUUCCAUAAAGAUGCCAAUGGCUUUGGCUGGCCAAACUUUUGAGGAUAUGCUCAACCUUUUCACUAACAAUGGUGGCUUGUUUGGUCUCAUUAAAAAGGUCAUGACAGGGAAGGUGGUGAUUCCAAGCCGAGAAGCAGCAACCUAUGUCUCUGCUGUUGGAUAUACGGACUUGAGAAUGGAUUUAGACAAACAAAUUAUAUACGGGAAUUCUAUGUAUUAUCCAGCACUUGCGAUUAUGACUUGUAAAGCUGUUUAUAAUAAUGCUGCUUACAACAAAUCUAUAAUCAAAAACAAUUGGGGGAUGGAAGUCAUCGGAUUCUAUAAUUAUUGGAACGAUUACCUGAGGCAACCGGAUACCCAAGUGGUGAUGUUCCGAAACAAAACUUCGGAGCACGACACUAUUGUUGUUUCCUUCCGAGGAACACAACCGUUUUGUGCCGACGAUUGGUGUUCGGACGCCGAUCUGUCUUGGUACGAAUUCCCCAACAUUGGGAAGAUUCACAGUGGUUUCUUGAAAGCUUUGGGGAUGCAGAAACUUGUGGGUUGGCCCAAGUUUGUGGUUCCAGAUCUUACCCGCAAAGCACCCUUGGCUUAUUAUGACAUAAGGGAUAUGUUGAAAGACCUUUUGAAGAACAACCCUCAGGCGAAGGUUAUAGUGACGGGCCACAGUUUGGGCGGCGCCUUGGCUGCUCUUUUCCCGGCGAUUUUGUUUUACCACGACGAACAGUUGGUGCUUGAGAGAAUGGAAGGCGUUUACACGUUCGGGCAGCCCAGAGUUGGUGACGAAGCCUUUGCCGGCUACAUGGAGAAGAAUUUGAACAAAAAUGGGAUCCAGUUUUACAGAUAUGUUUACUGUAAUGAUAUAGUUCCUAGGGUUCCUUUCGACGGUAUGUUCAAGCACUUUGGUACCUGCGUUUACUACAACAGCAAAUAUCAAGCAAAGAUAGUUGAGGAAGUACCAUACUUGAACUACUUCUCGCUGUUUGGAUUCUUUCCGAUGCAUAUGAACGCCAUUUAUGAGGUGAUAAGAAGCUUCACAAUGAAGGUUAAAUAUGGAGCAGAUUAUACAGAUGGGUGGCUGAUGUUUGGUGUGAGAUUAUUUGGAAUGUUAAUCCCUGGAGUUGCAAACCAUUGUCCCCAAGACUAUGUCAACUCCACUCGUCUUGGCAAACCCGAUGAUGUUUUAUUCCUUCCUCUCCACACUAAAAAGGCACUUGGUUUUGAAGUCCCUUUGCUUGCUGCCUAAUGCAUCUUCCUCCAUAAUAAAUAUCUAUCUGUGUAAACUUAUCGGGCUUGGGAUUUGGGAGUUCAUGAUGAAUUUCCAUUUCCAUGAUAUCUGGGAGAAUAACUGGAAGGUGUUCCAAUACCACCAGGGUUGAAUCUAGCCGUUGUGUUUACUUCCAAGUUUAUGUAUUUUCAUCUGUGUUUGUGAUAAUAAAAUUGUACCUUCGUCUA